AUGAUGAUCUCGUCAGAAUCAAUAAGCGAAAAUGAUGACGGAUCUUCGGCAGGAAUACAGUUACCAAGUUACAUUCCCAAACAGUUUAAGGUUUGUGGUGAUCGAGCAGUCGGAUAUAAUUUUUCUGUAAUAACUUGCGAGUCAUGCAAAGCGUUCUUUCGCCGAAACGCCAAUCGCGAAAAAGAUUUACCCAGGUGCCCUUUUGAAAACAAGUGCCAAAUCACUGUAGUUUCAAGACGUUUUUGUCAGCUGUGUCGCCUUAAAAAAUGUAUUCAGGUAAGAAAUAGCAUAAAAUACCUAAAACGGUCUGAAAGCUUCACUUAUUAUUUUUUCCUAUACGUCGACAGAGAAACUAUGAAGAAGAUUACGCAGGUUGGCAUGAAGCAAGAGUGGAUUAUGAAUGAAAGUUACCGAAGAAAAAAAAAGCCUCGUAUAACUUCACUACCAGAGAAAUCUGACGAGUUAAACAGAAUGUUAGAAGAGAUCGGAGAUAAUGACGUCACUGUCUCAAAAGAUAUGCUCGUAAAGCUUGUCCGUAAAUCGACGCUUUCUUUGUACGACUUUGUUUUUUAUAACAAAGCAGACCCUACGCUUAAACUGUUUAUGUAA